CUUGGCCACGCGCCAGCACAUGUGAUAGUAGAACAGUAAAGAAAGCACAACAUUUCCCUGUCAAUUAUCCUGGUACCAAUUUUACUGUUUUUCCUGGAAAUGUGUUCAGUACAGUUGUUGCUAACAAGGUUUACAUGAAUAAUCUCAGGAACGAUCGGUGUUAUGUAUGAGGAGCAUUUGAUGGUUCUGGACCUGUGCUCAAUGGAGUUCAGAGGGACGGUGGGGGUGGUGGAGGGAUGUAUGGUUAAGUAAACCUACCGAAUGCUGAAAAGUCUGGAUACAGUGGACAUGGAGAGGAUGUUUCCAUUAGACAGAGUCUGUGAUCUGACAGCACAGUCUCAGAAUAAAGAUGCUUCCCCUUAAACUCAGAUGAGAAAAAUUUUUUGGCCAAAAGAUGCCUGAUCUGUGGAAUUUGUUGCCACAGAGGUUGGUUGAGGCUGCGAUUUGGGUAUAUUUAUGACAGAGAUUAAUAUAUUCAUGAUUGCUAAGUAGCUUCAGGGUUACAGGAGGAAGACAGGAAUAUGGUGUUGGAAUAAAAAUCAGCCCUGGUUGAAUGGUGGGCAGACCAGAUGGAUCGAAUCACCUGAUUCUGUUCCUGUGUCUUGUGUAUUACCAUGACUGAACGAUUGCUCCUUCUUAUCCCAUAUCAUUUUGUGACAUGUGAGGGGCAAUUAAAGAUUGUUUACUGAGAUCAUUAAAUCUGCCUUCAGUGUUUAAAUUUCAGUGAGCUUUGUUCUUAGUAACAUUACGCAGAAAUGUUUAGUUCGCCUUUUCAUUGUUAACGUGCUUCAUUAUAUUUUACGUUAAAGUUAGACCUGCAGUGAGAGAUUUAUUGGAAGAAAAACCACGACUGAAGACGUGGGAACAGCAACAAGUGAACCAGCCCGAGGAUUGAGAGCACCGACUGGAGAGAACCCAUCUGACUCGGAGAUUCCAGUGAUUCAGUCCGGAGAAAGUUUGGUUAAAAACGACAAGGAAUUUGUCUAUGGGAAUUCAAACACAACACACCAGUUGUGCUGUCUCUGUUUAGAUAUUUAAGGAACAAGAGAUUCAAUCAACCAUCCUUCCUGCUCAGACUGUGGGGAGAGAUUCACUCGAUCAUCUGACCAACUGACACGUCCGUCAUUUUACACAGGGAAGAGACCGUUCACCUGCUCAGACACUGGGAAUGGACUCACUCAGUAAUCUCAACUGAAGCUACAUACUGGGCAAGGCCAUUCAACUAUUCUGUGUGUGGGAAGGGGUUCAGUCGGUCUUCCCACCUGUGGACACACCAGUCAGUUCACACUGGGCAGAGGCUGGUCAACUGCUGAAUUUGUGGGGAAGGAUUCACUCUGUCAUCUGACCUAAUGGCUCACCAGCGAGUUCACACCGGGGAGCAGCCGUUCACCUGCUCAGUCUGUGGGAAGAGAUUCACUCAGUUAUCCAGCCUACAGAGACAUCAGCGAGUUCACACUGGAGAGAAGCCGUUCACCUGCUCAGAAUGUGGGAAGAGAUUUACUCGGUCAUCCCACCUACUUGAACACCUGCGAGUUCACACUGGGGAGAAGCCAUUCUCCUGCUCUGAAUGUGGGAAGGGAUUCACUCAGUUAUCCAACCUGCAGAGACAUCAGCGAGUUCACACUGGGGAGAAGCCGUUCACCUGCUCAGAAUGUGGGGAAGGAUUCACUGAUUCAUCCAGCAGACAGAAACAUCAGCGAGUUCAUACCAGGCAGCGGCUGUUCACCUGCUCAGUCUGUGGGAAGGGAUUCACUCAGUCAUCCAACCUACUGAGUCAUCAGCGAGCUCACACUGGGGAGAAGCCGUUCACCUGCUCAGAAUGUGGGAAGAGAUUCACUCGGUCAUCCCACCUACUUGAACACCUGCGAGUUCACACUGGGGAGAAGCCAUUCUCCUGCUCAGAAUGUGGGAAGGGAUUCACUCAGUCAUCUACCCUACUGGUACAUCAUCGAGUUCACACUGGGGAGAAGCCAUUCACCUGCUCAGUCUGUCGGAAGGGAUUCACUCGGUCAUCUGGUCUCGAAAAACACCAGCAGGUUCACACUGGGUAGAGGCUGUUCACCUGCUCAGACUUGACAAAACUGUUUGACCAGGAAACAGAAAUCUGGGAGCUUUGAGCUGGAACAGCAAGAGCAAUAACCUGGAGUCCUGGAAAAGGAAGGAAAUCAAGUUGAGAUAAAAAAAACAUCAAAGCAUCACUAAAAAGUUGUGCUUUCACCUGCAGAGGGAAUCAAACAUGGCUGACCAAGCUAUUGGGAAAUCAGUUGAGCAACUCAAGCAAGAGAGAAUGACAGCAAAAAGAUUGUUUUCUCGUCUGGCCGACAGCAUUACCAGGACCUAUGAAGACAUGUCUGAAGAGGAGCUCAGAGUGAGUUUCAAUAAGUUCACAAUAGAAGCCGAGAAACUCAUGGAAGCCAAUGACGAUGCGGAGGCCGGACUCACCGCAGAACGGGAGGUGGAGCUGAACAUAGAGAAAGUAGCUGUGUUAACUGAACAGCAAAAAGCCGAGCUGGCAAAGACGGCAAAUGUGAUAAAAUAGUGAUAAGGGAGAAAGAAAGGCAUGAGCAUUGACUUCUCUAACUUCUGUUAAUGCCCCUCCUCCCCUUAGCCCAUCCCUGCCCAUCACUCUGCUUGUUCUUCAUCUCCCUCUGGUGCUCCCCUCCCCUUUUCUUCCUCCCUAGGCCUCCUGUCCCAUGAUCCUUUCCCUUCUCCAGCUCUGAAUCACUUUUGCCAAUCACCUUUCCAGCUUUCCGCUUCACUCCACCCACUCCGAUCCUCUCCUAUCAUUUCGCAAUUCCCCCUCCCCCUCCUACUUUCAAAUCUCUUAGUAUCUUUCCUUUCAGUUAGUCCUGACGAAGGGUCUCGGCCUGAGACAUCGACAGUGCUUCUUCCUAUAGAUGCUGCCUGGCCUGCUGUGUUCCAUCAGGAUUGUGUGUGUGUUGUUUGAAUUUCCAGCAUCUGCAGAUUUCCUCGUGUUUGCACAAUAUACAAAGGAUACUUCACAUUAUGGAUCAUAUAUACAAAAAAAUCAAAGCAAUAGUGAUAAGCGUGGACGCUGAAAAGGCAUUUGAUUUGGUUAAUUGGAAUUUUCUUUACACAUUUUCACAUAGAUUUGUUUUCCAUAACAAUUAUUAAAACUACAGGCACUAUAUGACAACCCUACCCCUGGGAUUAAAAUCAAUGGAUAUUUAUCAAAUAGUCUUACCCUGGAAAGGGGCACAAGACAGGGUUGUGCAUGGUCAGCACUACUCUUCGCGUUAUAUCUGGAACCAUUAGCUCAAUACAUGAGACAAAAUGGGUAAUUACUAGUAAAGGGGCAGAGCAUAAAUUGGCUUGUUACGUGGAUGACGUUUUGAUUUAUCUAGGGCAAACAACAUACUCUUUACCUAAAUUGAUGCAAUCCUUUGAACAAUAUGGUCAAUUAUCAGGAUACAAGAUCAACAUAGAUAAAAACCAAUUACUUUCUUAUUACUAUAGCCCACAAAGAGAAAUUGAAAGUAGGUAUCCCUGGGCAAGGCAAACAGAGUCUUUCAGAUAUUUGGGCAUCAUUAUGCCAAAAGAUUAGGCAACAUUAUCAGAAUGUAAUUAUCAGCCUUUAUAUAAAAAGAACAUUAAGGAAUAUAUAGCAAGAUGGAACCUGAUUCCUUUCUUUUAGUUUCUGUUCAAGGAGUGAGUCUAUUAUAAUGAAUACACUGCCCAGACUGUUAUAGCUCUUUCAGACCCUACCAAUAGAGAUUAAUCAAAAUCAAUUCAAUGAAUGGAACAAGAUGUUAUCAAGGUAUAUUUGGCAAGGUAAAAGGCCUAGAGUUCGUCUCAAAACUUAGCAAUUAGCAAAGGAAAAAGGUGGAUGUGGCCUAACUUCUCUUAGAGGUUAUUAUUUUGCAGCACAGUUGAGAGCUGUGAUAUGCUGGAGCGACCCAUCGUAUGACGCUCAAUGGAAAAACAUUGAGGAGCGGGUACUUCCCAUCCCCAUACAAGCAGUUUUGUCUGAUAAUAACUUGCAAAGGUACAUAAAUACUAUUGAUAAUCCAUGGGUGAAAUUGACUCUUAAAAUAUGGAAAACUACUAUAAAAGAAUAUAUUCUCCAGGGAGAUACUGCAAUUCUUAAAUGGUGUGCAUAUGACUCGGAUUUUACACCAAAUAAAUUGGAUGCUAGAUUUAAGGACUGGGCAGCUAAAGGAAUAACAGUUCUUUGCAACAUGAUGAAAGAAGGAACACUGUUCAGCUUUGAAAUGCUGAAAGAGAAACAUUUAGAAAAACAAGAUUUUUAUCAGUAUUUAUAGAUGCGACACUAUGUCAAUAGGAUGCUUAAAAUUGUAACCAAGGCAAGUACGUGCACGUUAGAGCUGUUUAGAAAAGCAUAUAAUUCAGAUAACGGUAGUAAAAUUAUUUCAAGCAUGAAUAAGGGUUUAAUAAGGAAUAAGUGUUUGUCAAAUCUUAAAAUACUUCAUACUUUAAAACAAAAUGGGAGAAGGAAGGAGGGAUAAUUAUAUCUGAGGAAGAAUGGACAACAAUAUGGAGGUAUCAAUGGAAGUGUACCAGUUCACAGAAAUGGAGGGAGUUCGGACAGAAAAACUUGAUAAGAUAUUUUAUUACACCCUCUUAGAAAUCCCAUUAUGAUAGUAACCUCGCUGUUUGCUGGAGAAACUGUGGAAAUUGAAAUGCAAAUCAUUAUUAUAUUUUUUUGUGACUGCCCUGCUAUCAAAGACUAUUGUAGGGGGAUACACAAUGCCCGACAUGGCAUAUUUAAAUGUGAAAUACCCUUGGGGAGCAAGACCAUAUAUUUUGUAUAUAUACCUCAAGAAUGGUUGAAAAAAGAUAAAUAUUUAAUGAAUAUGUGGUUGGCGGCUGGUAAAAAGACUGUUACUAGGGAAUGGUUAUCACAGGAGAGCCCAAGGUUAAAUGCAUGGAUGGAAAUUACAAUGGACAUUUACAAAAUGGAGAAGAUAAUCAUAAUCUGGAACAAUUUGAUUCAUACUGGGAAAAAUGGUUUAACUACAUAAUGCCUCAUAGGCCUGAUUUUAUUCUCACAAAUCAUUUAAUAUGUUGUUAAAAAAAAGAUCACUCCCUACUUGUACAUAGUUUUUUUUUCCUUUUGCUUGUUUUUUCUUUCACCCUUUUCUAUAAGUGUAUACCUCAGAUAAA